AAAUGAUUUGUUGAAACAUUUCUUAGUAAAUAUGCAGUCUUCGGGGGUUUGUUCCUCGGCUUUCCGUUGCAUGUCGAGGCUUGUGCUAAGUACAACUGCACUUUCAUUUUCAAGAACUUUGGAAGCCUCGGCUUUCCGUUACAGCUCCCAGUCAGCCAGUGAAACUACAAACACGGGACAGCCUGUGGUAAUCCGCAUACCUCGACGAAUGCAGGAGCGCUUCGAACACGUAAAGCAGAUUAAGCGUAAAAGCAACCAUAGAGUCAUAACCAGUAAACCUGGUAAGCUCCUAAUAAAGAGCAAGGACCCUCGACUCAACCAGUCCGCAGGCUACACGCUUGGAAAAUUCGAGCAGCCUGUUCUUGCCUCUAAAGGAUGGAAACACAAUAAGUCAUUUGGAGAUUACUUCACAAUAAACUCCACUCAGGCGGUCCCACCAUGCAUCACAGAAUCUAAGCAAGAAGAGACGGAGCAUAUGGUGAAAAGGACGUUUAAUUCCUUUAAACUCUGUCCAGAGAUAGUAGAAUUUUUGCGAAAUAACAAUAUCAUUUAUCCAACAACGGUCCAGCAGAAAACUAUUCCCAAGCUUCUCCGUGGUCAUAAUAUUUUGUGUGCUGCCGAGACUGGAAGUGGAAAGACACUUGGCUAUUUACUUCCUAUAAUUGAAAAAUUGCAGGCAGACAGUGGGACUGCUGAAUUUGAGUCUGAUCCUCAUAUUCGCUCUGUAAUCCUUGUGCCUUCCAGAGAGCUUGCAGAACAGGUAACAUCUGUAGCCAAGGCCCUCGCAAGCCUCUUUGACAUGAAGGUCAAGGUAGUGGGUGGUGGAAGAGGUAUAGGUAACAUCAAAGUGGCCUUCAAGAGUGGGCUGCCAGACAUUUUAGUAGGUACACCGGGCGCCCUCUACAAAGCAUUAAGGAGACGCUGUUUGGACAUGACUUUGCUUAGCUUCCUUGUGAUUGAUGAAGCUGAUACUAUGUUUGACCCAAGCUUCUCCGGCUUAGUAGAGAGUAUUCUCACGCAUGUUCAGGUGGCAUCCAGUCCCUCAGAAACAGUGGGGCCAGGUCAUAAGGCUCAGCUGGCUGUGGUGGGUGCAACCUUUCCUGGAGGUGUCGGGGAGGUUCUUAGUCAGGUCACUGAUCUGGGCAGCGUGCUCACUGUCCGGAGCCGGAUGCUACACUUCCUGAUGCCCCAUGUGAAGCAGACCUUCCUGAAAGUGAGGGGUACAGAUAAACCAUUGGAGCUUCACCAAGAGUUGAAGAAAACACCAGAGGGCUUGGGUGUCCUGGUGUUCUGUAACAGCUCAGCCACUGUCAACUGGCUGGGCUACACCUUGGAGGACUUGGGGGUCCGUCACGUGCGGCUCCAGGGGGAGAUGCCAGCCUCCAUGCGGGCAGGGAUCUUCCAGUCGUUCCAAAAGGGGCAGGUGGACGUGCUGCUGUGCACCGACAUCGCAUCUCGUGGCCUGGACACCCAACGUGUUGGACUAGUCGUCAACUAUGACUUCCCUGGGUCCCACACCGACUACAUCCACCGGGCGGGACGUGUGGGACGAGCUGGGAGCGGCUCGGACGGGGCCGUUCUCAGCUUCGUCACCCACCCUUGGGACGUGGAGCUGGUGCAGGCGAUUGAGACUGCGGCCCGCAGGAGGACCAGCUUACCUGGAAUGGAGAAGACGAUCCAAGAACCAGCACCCAGAAUGAUUCCAGACGACGGCCACUGAAUUUGUGAAAAUAAUCAUUUAGUCCAGUUUGCUUUUUUUUAUUGAGUUACCUCAUUUUGUAAGAUUAGCUCUCUGAGUUGUAAUUCUCACAAGUUAUGCAUUGAUUUGUUAGUAAUAAUGUACUGAGUGAUAAAAUGAGGUACAUAAGAAUUAUGGAUACACGUUAACAUACAUAUCGCUUUGUGUGACUGAAGUAGUUCUUUGAGGUUGGAAAACAUUUGUACCUUUACUAGUGAAGACAUCAAAAUCUAGGUGAAAUAUUAAAAUAGAAUGCCAAUUGAUUAGGGACAACAAAUGUCUUCUAGUUAUGAAUGAAAGUUACAUUUAUAUAGUGCUUUUUCAAACACCAAAAGCACUUUACCGAACCAAUGGGGAGCCACUAAGACUGCCGAGUAUAAUGAAUUCAAAAUGUGUUCCUCUCAGCAAAUGUCAAUAUCAAUAAACUCCAGACAUGUGA